AUGCCGCCUUUCCGCUUGCCCUUCACUUCCAAGCGACCCACAGUCAAUACGGACCCCGCGCCUGAAGAGAACACUCGCCCAACCCCCAAUGAUACCAAUGUUACAAGUCCAUACCGAGACAAGCCUUCGUUGGCAUUAGGGCUCAAAGAAAAGCGAAUCGAGCCAAAUGAAUUCAAGCUGAGUUCGGUCAACGACAGCGGCGAAUAUCUUCCACCAUCUCCCACCGAGAACAAGCCUGGAUGGCUCAAGUCGCCCACUUCAUCUUCCAACAACCACCGACAGUGCUUCAAAGAGAAUGAGCCGUUUUCCAUUUCUCGCGAGUCCUUUGAAUCAUACAGGAGAUCAUUUGAUAUUUCUGGCAGAUCCCCCAUUCUACAAAGUGAUAGUUUCACUUCACGAACAUCACUCGAUUCUCGACCGGCUAGCAGAUAUCCCACGCGCUCAACUCUGAACAGCACCACCUUUGAAAGACCAGCAACCGCCGAGGAGGGAUUUGAAGAUGUCACAUUACACGAGGAGACCAAACAACAGCACAAGAAGAAGAGCUUUUUAUCCCGGUUUGGUGAUUCAUCCGGUGAAACUACUACCAAAGAAGAUGGCAAGCACCACUUUCACAUUUUACCCGGGCGAAAACGAGGUCAAAGUGGUACCGGGAGCGAACUCGGAGACAUGCCGAGACCUCAAAGCAACGGCAAAGCAGAAGUGUCUGUACGAUGA